AUGAUCCUGCCAAUUGUAUUGAUUAUUUUGCUCAAUGGCAUAAUAUUAACACUUGCCGAAGCGUCUUCAUCCGAUAAUGAGCAGCAACGGUUAAUUGCGCAGUUCGGCGAAGUACCCUCACCAAAGGGAUUUCCUAUGAUCAAUUUGGGGGAACAAAAUUCACAGGAAAGUCCACAAAAAAAUUUCAAAGUCUCCAAUCAUACUAGAAAUGAAACUUCCAUAAAUGACAAUAGAACUACAAACAUGUUUAAAACUGAUGCUUUCAAAGAAGCCUCCAAAAUACUUUUCAGUGACAUAUCGCACCAAAGAAAAGUAUUGGAGUUGUUACUCUACGAUAUUCAAAGGGGUAAUCAUUUAUUGCUAGUCGAUGAACGGGGAUUGGAAAAUAAAAAUAUCGCAGACAGAUUGUUAAAGCAUUUGAAUCGCCCCACGGAAUUUACACAAUUGCACGACAGUACAACGAUACAGUCUUUGACAGUACAGCCAAUUGUCGAAAAUGGAGCUAUCAUUUAUGAGGAUACACCACUGGUCAAAGCCGUCAAAUAUGGCUAUGUAUUAGUUGUUGAUGAAGCGGACAAAGCGCCAACAAAAGUGACAAACAGUUUAAAUACUUUAAUGGAAAAUAGAGAAAUGGUACUAAGUGAUGGUAGAAAAAUGAUUCCCAAGGAAGUAAUGAAUAGUUCUGGAACCAUAUCAGCUGAUUUCAUUCCUGUGCACGAAAAUUUUAGAAUGAUAAUUAUGGCUAGUCGAACUGGAUUUCCGUACUUGAAAAAUUCCUCUGCUCCUUCUGCAGGUCUCGUGAGCAGAGAUUUGUACAACGUCAGUGCACUGCCACUGCUGGGAAAUCUUUCGCGCCACCGGCGCCGAAUUGCUUCUCCUUUUUCCAGAACUGGUGUGAUAGGCAUCACAGUUAAAGCAGUCGGCUAUAGCCCAAAAAUCACCACUGCUGUAAUGGGUGGUUAUGGCACGGGACCACAUACAGCUACAGCAAUAGCCUCGAGUACAGCAGUCGCCACUGCAACAGCAUUGACCUAUGGUACGGGUGCCUCGACUGCUAUGGUAAAUGCUGCCGGCUCAUCAGUCGGCACAGUCAUAGCACACUCACACGACACAGGGGUCGCGAUCGCCACUCUAAAUACUUCUGGGUCAUCAGUUGGGGGCGCAUCAGCAUACGCAUACAACGCAGGAGCUGCCACCUCCAAUGUGAACACUGCUGGCUCAUCAGUUGGAGAUGCCGAAGCACAAGCAUACGACGCAGCAGUUGCCACCGCCAUAGCAAAUUCUGCUGCCGCAACAGUGGUCCAUGCCCGGGCGAUUGCCAGGGGUAAUGAAGUGGUCAGAGACAUACAAAAUAAGCCUUGA